AUGAGACUACACUGGUGGAAUUCAACACCAUCCACCAGCACCAACUCAAAGAUGGGCCCUUCCAGUGAAGCUAUCCCCAUCCCCACUGAUGCACGCCCCAUUCCUCUGCCAGAGUUACCAGAGUUCGCGACAGGUUCGCCCAGGAGCAGCGAGCCCGAGCUGGAAUCUCUACCAAACGACCUCACCAAUUCACUAUGGCUACCGCAUUCUCAUGCCUCUGAUUCAACAACGAGGCGAGUCUAUCGCGGUUUCGCAGAAGAGAAAGAAGCUACCUUCUUUUCAUGCUGUCGGCAGUACCCAAAGGCAGUGGGAUGGUCAUUAUUGCUCUUCCUGACUGUGGUCAUGGAAGCUUAUGACAAGUCGCUUGUAACUGGUCUCUUUGCUUUUCCUGCAUUCAGAGAGAAAUAUGGAGAACCAAUUCUACCAAAGGACACUCCAGCUGAAGAUCAGAUGUACGAGAUCUCGCCGUCAUGGCAGAUGGGUCUGCAGAACGCCGCAAUUGCAUGUGAAAUCAUUGGACUUUUGGCACACGGCUACAUCACGGAUCUUAUUGGGUACCGAAAGAUGAUGCUUGCCAGUUUGUUUUGGAUGUGUAUCGCUGUGUUUCCUGCAUUUUUCGCCGACAGUAUCGGCGUCCUAUUAACCUCACAAGCUCUCUCUGGGCUGUCAUGGGGUGUCAUCGAAAUUCUUGCUGCGACUUAUUCAGCUGAAGUUGUGCCAAAUGCUUUGCGACCGUUUGUCCUCAGCAGCAUCAACAUGUGCUGGCUGGUCGGACAAGUCAUCGGCACCGGCAUCCUCCGGUCUCUCGUUCAUGAAACCUCCCAAUGGUCUUAUCGCCUUCCCUUUGCGCUUCAAUGGGCGUGGGCGAUACCGUUGUUGUUCGGCGUGUGGUUCGCGCCCGACAGCCCUUGGUGGCUAAUACGCCAUGAACGAACGGACGAGGCGAGAAAAUCUCUGACUCGUCUUACUAAUAAGAAUAGUACCGAUAUAGAGGAUACUAUCUCACUAAUGAAGCACACCAACAAGAUGGAGAAGGACUCCAACUACGGAGGAGCCAGCUAUCGAGAUCUCUUCAAAGGAGUCAAUCGUCGACGAACAGAGAUUUCAUGCAUUGCCUGGGUCUGCCAAGCAUUCAGUGGCUGGUCGCUCACAUCUUAUGCACCUUAUUUCUUCGAACAGGCUGGUUUCAGCGCCUCUAUAUCCUUUAACCUCUCGACCGCCUGCUACGGCGUUGGCAUCGUCGGCGGCAUCAUUGCCUGGAUCCUACUCCCCUUAGUGGGUCGUCGGAAACUAUACAUAUACGGGUUGCUCGCUCCCAUCUGCUUGUUGACCGCUGGCGGCGUGGUAUGGGUGGUGCUGAGCGAUCGCACUGGUGCGAACUGGACCUUGGGCGGUUUGAUCAUCGCCAUGACUUUUAUUUACGACAUGACCAUCGGCCCCGUUUGUUAUAUCGUGGUAGCCGAAAUACCUUCUACCCGACUGCGAGUCAAAACCGUUGCUCUCGCACGGGUUACAUAUAACCUCUGUUUAAUAUUCAACAACAUCAUCAUGCCCAAGAUGCUCAACCCAUCUGCUUGGAACAUUGGCGGCGCGUCAUGUUUCCUCUACGCAGGAACGAGCUUCUUCUGUCUGAUAUGGUGUUAUAUCAGAUUACCCGAGACGAGAAACUUGACAUACCUCGAAUUAGAUAUCUUGUUUGAGAGAAAAGCACCUACGCCAAAAUUCAAGGAGCUUCAGGAUAGGCUUGAGGAUAGUGCGUAUCUGUCCAUGACGAGGGCGGAGCGAUUGACGAACUGGCACGGCUGGUUAGCAUAUUCAUAA